CAAACCUCGGCAUGAGCGUCUUGGACACCCCCCAUUAUCCCCCUGAGCUGGAGAGUGUCUCUCAUCCCGUCCAGAAGGACUGCCUUGGACUCCCUGUGCACGCCCAGAGAACCCCCUCCUGGCCUCCUUCCCCCGACGAGGACCCCAGUUUGCCUUCCUUUCCUCAGGAAGAGCCUGGCUCCAGGCCCCUGGUCCCAGGGAACCUUCCCUUUCCAGCCUUGUCCCUAGAGGAAGAAGUAGAAGAGGAAGAAGAUGAAGAUGCGGCAGAGCCGGAGUGGCUGCGCAGCGAGGAGCAUCCGAGCCAGUUUUUCGCCGAGGCCCAGCGGCUGCGGGAGCAGAGACUGUUGCUGGACGAAGAGGUGUCAGUCGCGGGGCGGGUAUAUGGGGUGCAUCGGGUGAUCCUGGCCGCCAUCAGCAGCCUCUUCCGAGACAGGCUGCUGGGCGGCGGAGGUCCGCGGCCCCCAUUCAGCCUCGAGGUGUCCCCAGGGGGCUGGGAGGCCGUGCUGACCUUUGCCUAUGAGGGGGUGCUGGGCCCCGCCCCUCAGGGAGAUGUGCUGGCCGCAGCCGAGGCGCUGGGAGCGCCCCGGGUGAAGGCUGCUGCCCAGCGGACAUGCAAGAGGGCUGGAAAUGCCGGGGAAUAUGUAAAGAAGCCCAGCCAGGCAGAGGAGCUGAGGGAGAACCUGCGCGGAAUCGAGCUCCUCUACCGAGAGGGCGUCGGGUGUGACUUGAAGCUGGAGGCAGGCGGCUGCCAGCUGCGGGUGCACCGAGCCGCCCUGGCCUGCGGCAGUGAGUUCUUUGGGGCCAUGCUCCUGAGCGGAAUGAGGGAAUCCCAGGGCACAGAGGUAUCUCUGCGGACCAUCUCCACCCAGGACCUGCGACUCCUCGUCUCUUUUGCUUACUCUGGAGUUGUGCGGGCAAGGUGGCCAGGACUACUGAGAGCUGCCCAGGCUGCUCUGCAGUACCAGAGCUCUUCCUGCCUGGAUUUGUGUCAGAAAGGCUUGGCACGGGGCCUCAGCCCUGCCCGUUGCCUGGCCCUGUUCCCCAUGGCUGAAGCCCCUGGGUUGGAGAGGCUCUGGAGCAAAGCCCGUCACUACCUCCUCACCCACCUGCCUGCUGUAGCCUUGUGUCCUGCUUUCCCUUCUUUACCAGCUGCCUGCUUGGCUGAGCUCCUGGAUAGUGAUGAGCUCCAUGUGCAGGAGGAGUUUGAGGCCUUUGUGGCUGCACGGUGUUGGCUAGCUGCCAACCCUGAGACCCAGGAGUCAGAGGCCAAGGCCCUGCUGCAAUGCGUCCGCUUUGGCCGCAUGUCCACCAGGGAGUUGCGGAGGGUGCGGGCAGCCGGGCUACCUCCACCCCUGACCCCGGAUCUGUUGCACCAGCUGAUGGUAGAGGCUGAUGUUCCAGGCCAAGAGAGACGGAGGGAGCCUGACCGGGCACUCGUAGUGAUUGGCGGGGAUGGGCUCAGACCAGACAUGGCCCUAAGACAACCAUCCCAAGCAGUGUGGUGGGCCCGGGCCUUCCGCUGUGGCGUGGGACUGGUACGAACUGUUGAGUGGGGGCAGUUGCCUGCCCUGCCUGCCCCAGGACGCUUCCGGCAUGGGGCUGCGAGCCUGGCAGGAAGUGAACUCUAUGUGUGUGGGGGACAAGAUUUCUACAGUCACUCCAACACCCUGGCAUCAACUCUCAGGUGGGAGCCCAGUCAAGAGGACUGGGAGGAGAUGGCUCCUUUGUCCCAGGCUCGAAGCCUUUUCCCCUUGGUGGCACUGGAUGGACAACUUUAUGCCCUGGGUGGAAGACACAAUGGUGUUGCCCUGGACUCUGUGGAGGCCUACAACCCUGAGCUCGACAUCUGGAGGCCAGCACCUGCACUUCCAGCACCGUGUUUUGCCCACGCAGCUGCGAUUUUGGAGGGCCAAUUGUAUGUGAGCGGUGGCUGUGGUGGGACUGGCCAAUACCUGGCCUCAUUCCUGCACUAUGACCCCAAACUUGAGAAGCCAGGGACAUUUCUGAGCCCUAUGGGGGUACCUCGGGCUGGCCAUGUCAUGGCUGCAUUGGGUGGGCGGGUGUAUGUGGCAGGUGGGCUGGGUGAGACUGGGGACCUGCUAAGCUUUGAGGCCUAUGAACUAAGGACUGAUAGCUGGACUCACCUGGCACCCCUACCCUCCCCCCAUGUGGGAGCUGCAGGUGCUGUGCUGCAGGAGGAGCUACUGGUGCUGGGGGGCUACAGUCACCGUACUUAUGCACUCUCCCACCUUAUCCAUGCCUACUGUCCUGGCCUGGGCCGAUGGCUUUGCCUGGGAACUCUGCCAAGGCCUCGGGCUGAGAUGCCUGCCUGCAUCCUGACACUGCCCACUGUGCAGCACAUAGCUGUGGUUCCCACCCCACACCAAACCAAACCUGCUGGGUGAAGAGGGAGCAACAGUGUAUGGGGAGAGGAAGGCAUAAGAAAUAGCCUGAGAGAAGGACAGACAUUGUGGGGAGAGAAAAGAGAAGGCUUUAUUCUUGAUAGUAUUUUAUUCUCACACUGUGCAUUGUAAACUGCUUUUGUACGUAUGAUUUCCAUUGAGGAAAUGGCGGUUCCAGAACUCCUGGGGAACACAUAUAGGGGAAGGCGAGGCAGCUGAAUAGCCAGGUAAGGAAAGGAGACUUGGGAGCAACUCCACAAGGCUUAGGGAUUCUUAGGGAAAGUGCAUCUGGUUUGAAAGAGAGUUAAGAAGCUUCAGUAGCCAAAGUGGAGAGACCAUGGGAGGACAGUUGGAAAAAUGGUUCUGACCCAUUGGUCAAGGGAAAAAUGUAGAAUGGCCAUCCAUGAAAGAGUUUGAGGAGUG